AAGCUAGGGAGCCCUUGUUCGGGGAUCGGAGAAGCUGAAACUGUGAUGCAAAAGGUAAGGAAAUUCGCCUCCUUCGUCCGAACUAUUACAACUGCAACAUCCGAAUUUCUAGCCACGACAUCACCAAUCCAUUUACCACGGCCAUACUCGCAUUUGGGUGUGCAUGCUCGUGAUGUCAUUUACCUUAAGAAUCGAGAAAUCAAUAAACUUAUAAAACUGGGCCAUCUUAACUCUGCCAUUAAGUUGUUCGAUGAAAUGCCUCUUCAUGACGUCGUUACUUACAAUUUGCUGAUUUCUGGGUGUCUUCGCAAUGGGCAUCCGGAGCGCGCAUUUGGUCUAUACAGCCAAAUGGUUUUACGAGGGAUUAGAGAAAGUGCGUCAACAUUUACUUCAGUCUUGGGUACUUGUAGCAACAUGGAUUUUUUCAAAGAAGGGAGUCAAAUUCACUGCAGGGUUGUUUUUUUUGGGUUUACCUUGAAUUUGUUUAUUGCCAGCUCUCUAAUUGAUUUCUAUAUGAGAAUGGGUCUUGAUAUUGUAGCUUUGAAGCUGUUUGAUGAGUUGCCGCAACGAAAUAUAGCUGUUUGGAACUUGUUGCUUUGUCGGUACUGUGAACUGAGCCAACGGGACUUGACCAGAUGUAGAUUGCUCCACUGUUGUGCCAUAAAAUCAGGCUUUGAAUAUAAUUCCGUGGUUUCUUGUUCUUUAAUGGAUUCUUAUUCAAAGUGUGGUCAAGUUGAGCUCUCUUGCAAAAUUUUUGAGGAAAUCCAUUCCCCCGGUGUCAUUUGUUUCACCUCAAUCAUCAAUGGAUAUGCCCGAAAUGGACUGGGGAAGGAGGGUGUUGAAAUGCUCAAGACGAUGAUCCAGAAAGGCCUGAAACCUGACAAAGUGACUUUCUUGUGUGCAUUGAUAGGGUGCAACCAUUCAGGACUUGUCGAAGAAGGAAGAUUUGUGUUUGAGUCGAUGAAAACCCUUCACGGAAUUGAACCAGAAUGGAAACAUUAUUCAUGCAUGGUCGAUCUUCUUGGUCGUGUAGGUCUGCUGGAUGAGGCUGAAAAGUUGAUUCAAAAGGUGCCUGAAAGGGUCAACGGUGUAAUCUGGAGCUCCAUGUUAAGAAGUUGUAGAAUCCAUGGAAAUGAAACAAUCGGAAGGAAAAUUGCAAAGUCGUUGGUGGACCUUGAAGCUGAAGAUCCUGCCAUUCUUUUGCAGGCUUCAAACUUCUAUUCUGAUAUUGGAGAUUUUGAAACUUCAAAGAAACUUAGAGAAAUUGCAUUGACAAAAAAAGUGAUAAGAGAAAUUGGUCACAGUUUAAUUGAGGAAAAAAUUCAUUGUUAACUGGGGACUUCCACUUGGUGGAAUCAAUAGCUCGGAAAAACUCCUACAACUGAGCGCAGUGAUGCGUGCCACAUGGAGGUUUCUUUCUUGGAUCUUUGGAAGGUAAGUAAAAGAUUAAUCGAUCCUUACUUGCUUACAAGCUGAUUUCAAGCCAUUUUAUGGCCUUAUUCCUUGACAUGGGGUUGCCUGAUGUUACUCGAUACUGAGGAAAAAGUGCACGUGCUAGUAUGUAGUAUCUAUAGAUAGGAUCCCUUUAGCAGAUGAACAUAUUUUUCUCCUCAGUGGUAAAUAUUUUUUUUAAUAAGAAACAUAAACUUAUAUUCAAACAGUGGAGAUAAAAAAAGAACAACCUAGGGCAGGGGUAGAGGUUCCCCCACCCAAAGAGCUAGGAUAUAAGGGUCUCCCAAUUGUUAAAAAUCAUAGAAAGGCUGUAAUUACAAAAGAAUUUGGUGUAAUUUGUGCACCACCAAGAAGUUGUGUGUUGAACAACCGUCCAAAAAAAAUCAAAAGAAAUAGACUUAUCUUCGAAACUUCUAUUAUUCCUCUCUUUCCAAAUACACCACAAGAGGGAACUAGAAGGCGCAACUCCAAAUGACCUUCCCUCUAACAACAAAGGCUCUACACUCGAGGCCAUCAACCAUCCAAUCGUCAAUUUUGUUAGGGAGGCAAAAAUCAAGUCCAAAGGUUCUAAACAGGAGGGACCACCCAUUGGAGGUAAACUCACAGUGUAAAAAUUGGACCAAAUUCUUCUGGACAACGACUUUUCUUAGAUGUAUAUAGUUAUUAAAUGGGAUAGUGUGAAAUUGAGAUCUGAAACCAAGAUUACUAUCUUUCCUCAUGGUGUUGCUAAAAUUAAGUUAUUCACUC